CACACACUGAAGAUCAGGUCCAAAUCUUCGUGCCUUAUCGGGCCGGUCCACUCAACUACAUACAUAGACCAAGAUUUGACCCGAGAACAUAACAUGCCAAUUCAGCGUCACAUUGAGAGGCGGUACGCGACUCCAUCUCAGGUAGCCCACGAUCCAAAUCAUCAACCCUUCAAAUCCACGGUAGCCACCACAUCGGCGCGCACACACUCUCUAACCCUGCACCUGCACCUGCACAUCCAUGGGACUACAACUCUCAAGUCUCAACAUGUCGUCGAUCUAACGAGCAAAAGCCCUAAUUUUGUAUUAUCUUCCUAAUUUCACCCAAUUAGGAUAUGCCCAAUCAGUCAGACAAGCUUUAGAAAUUCCCGAAAUUUGAGUAAUAUUCCUGUUUUCUUCUCUCACAAAAGCAUAGUUCAAUUGGAAAGUUACGAACUUUAUAGCUAAAUUUGAGAAGUGGUGUUUCAAGCUGUUGUGGAGCUGGGUUGACUCAUUAUAUCCUGUUCUCCGAGCCUGUCUUUGACAGGAUGGUUUUCAAGUCAAUGUUAGUGAAAUAAGAGGAAGUUUUGUUUAAAUCAUGGGUAGUGGUGAAGUGGAUAAGUCUUCUAAUGAGGGGAAAGAAGCAAAUGAGCCGAAAACUCCUGCUGCACAGGAUCAGACUUCUGCUUCUUCUGGUGCAGUUGCAGCUGAUUGGUCUGGGUUUCAGGCUUAUUCUCCCAUUCCUCCUCCACCUGGGUUCAUAGCAUCAAGUCCUCAGGCGCACCCUUAUAUGUGGGGAGUCCAACAAUUCAUUCCACCGUAUGGCACUUCACCUCAUCCAUAUGUCAUGUAUCCUCAUGGAAGUAUUUACGCUCAUCCAACUAUGGCUCCGGGAUCUUAUCCUUAUAGUCCCUUUGCUAUGCCUUCUCCAAAUGGUAUUGCUGAAGCCUCUGGCAAUGCUCCAGGCAACACGGAGGUGGACGGCAAAUCAUCUGAGGCAAAAGGGAAAUUGCCAAUCAAAAGGUCCAAGGAAAGUUUGGGCAGUUUAAAUAUGAUUACUGGGAAAACUAAUGAGCCUGGUAAAACACCUGCCACUCCAAAUGGUCUACAUUCUAAAAGUGUUGAGAGUGCGAGUGAAGGUUCAAGUGAAGGAAGUGAUGCGAAUUCCCAAAACGGUUCACAAUUAAAGACUGGUGGCCAGCCAGAUUCAGAACCAUCUCAGAACGGCAGCACGGGUCGCAGUUCACAAAAUGGUAAAUCCAUGGUAAAUCAAGCAACACGUGUGGUACCAAUUUCAGCAGUGAGUGGUGUUCCCGGGCCCACUACUAACUUAAAUAUCGGAAUGGAUUAUUGGGGCGCCACCCCUUCACCUUCAAUUCCUGCAAUGAGGGGUAAGGUGUCUGUUGCACCAGUUGCAGGAGGAAUGAUCACCACUGGAUCACGAGACAGCAUCCAGUCACAGCUCUGGGUUCAGGAUGAAAGAGAGCUGAAAAGACAAAGAAGAAAGCAGUCAAACAGGGAAUCUGCUCGUCGAUCGAGAUUGAGAAAGCAGGCAGAAUGUGAUGAACUGGCCCAGCGUGCUGAAACUUUGAAAGAAGAAAAUGCAUCUCUCAGGGCAGAGGUGGCUCGCAUAAGGAGCGAAUGCGAGCAACUUCUUGCUCAGAAUUCCUCUUUGAAGGAGAGACUUGGUGAACUUCCUGGUCAAGAUGGUUCAAGAUGCAGUCGUGAUGAUCAGCAAAACGAUGCUCCAAAUUGAGAUCUAUGUCUCGAGCUAACCCGUAAUUUACAUAGCACGUAGUUAUAUAAUUCAUCGAUACUGACCAAUUUAGCCUCAGGCAUUGUGUGUGGAAUGCCACCUGUCGUUCUUGUCUCGGCCAGUCUUUUAUGGCCUGGGGAAGAAGACAACUGGGUUUGUAGAGAGCUGGUAAUUGUGUGGUUUACCCUCAGUUUAUAUUAAAAGUGAGGUAUUGCCAUAAUUCUUAUCAAUUUGUAUUGUUAUCAGAUAUUGUUGGAUGAAUGGGAAAUAUUUGGGGAGAUCACCUAAUAUGUAUCACAAUAUGCAUCUUUUGAUUGGCACAAUUCAGAUAUAUGAUAGGAUGCUCCCUUCAUAAU